CUCCCCAGGAUGAGAGUCUGUGCUAAGUGGAUGCUGCCGCUGUCACACUGGCUGCUUCUGGCCUGCGUGCUAAUGGUCUGCUGUAAGCUGACGUCCGCCUCGAGCCAGCACCUCCGGGGACAGGCAGGCCACCACGUCAUCAAGCAGGGUACCUGUGAGGUGGUCGCCGUACACCGCUGCUGCAAUAAGAACCGCAUAGAGGAACGCUCUCAAACUGUCAAAUGUUCCUGCUUCCCAGGCCAGGUGGCUGGCACAACUCGAGCACAGCCUUCUUGUGUUGAAGCUUCCAUUGUGAUUGAGAAGUGGUGGUGCCACAUGGAUCCUUGCUUGGAAGGAGAGGACUGCCGAGUCCUUCCGGACUCCUCCGGUUGGUCCUGUAGCAGUGGCAAUAAAGUCAAAACCACUAAGGCAAGUGACUCGGUAGCAGACACGGAGUGUUUUGACCCUGAGGGGCAUCAGGACCCAGAGCUGUUCUGUGUGGAUUGCCAGUCUAGUGAGAACUCACCUCGGAUCUCAGACCUCCACAACUACAAUCCAUGCAUCGUGAAAAGUGGCAUUUACCCGGCUGCCCCUGCUCUCUCUGCUCUACGAUCUUAUCACACAGAACCAUAA